UUUUUUGUUUUGGUUACAGUCGCCUGUCGUAUUUUGGCAAACUUUUAGAACUUCAAGUGAUUUUCCUCGGUACUAUGGGGGUUAUUAAUGUUAACGAACAUUUCCGAAAUCGUCGUAACCAAGGAAUGAUCGAAAAUUAUGUAGCAGAUCAUGCUUCAGAGGAAGAGUACUUAGAACCUACACACCCUCAGACUCCCCAGCAAGACUCAAAUCAAAGGCGGCAUACACGUAAUCGAUCGCAAAAGAAAAAGGUACAAUACGACUCAAGGAACACUGGACGCAGAGUGAAAACCGGAAGCCGGCCGAUGAGAAGAUAUGAGAAUUUGUGUUUUCUGCUGAGUUUGGUUGACCAUGAGGAAAUUGGAGAACUUGACAUCUCUGAUUUAGUCAGCAACAACACAUCCGUGUUUGCAAAACUUUUGAGUAAUGAAGAAAGCAUGAAGAUUUGGAAUGGGUUUGUAAACCUCUCUGAAGAAGAACAAGAAGCUUUUAUGGUUCCAAAGAGGAAAACAGCUGCACCUGUUCAGGAUGUUGAUAGGGAAAACACAGCUGAAGAUGACAUCCCAACAGAGCGAGAUGCAGUAGCAGUUGCAGAAAAGGCUUUCAACAGAAUUGAAGGACGUAUCAGAGGAACCCUUACGAAAAAACGUUUCCCAAUGGGUGGCCUAAAAUACCAUGAACAGGAGGUGGUUGCAUAUUUUUCUGAUGAUCCCACUGCAGUCAUGAUUUCCUCUGUUCCAUCCAGUUUUGAUAGGCUGUUGGUGCAUGGUGUAUGUCAGUUCCUAGGUUUGAAAUCAAAAAGUACUAGUCGUAAUGGAGACCGCAUCAUGGAGAUUGAAAAUAAACAAGACACGUUUUGUGUUCCAUCUCUCCUUCUCUCCCAAUACUUGGAAAAGCGUAGAUAACAUUACAAAUAUGGAUCAGUUGUAUAUAUCAGAGGAUUAUCAGACAACAUUGAUUAUUAAUACAAUGGUGUUUAUAGAAAUUUGAUUGCGUUGUAGAUAGCGUUCAAAGAAAUAUUCUAUUCUACUCCUGGAUGUAGUGGUCAUUACAUUAAUGAAGAAAAGAUAACUGUCACUGUCAAACAAAUUUAGUUUAUAUUACCUUGAUUGACACAUACAUGGGAAAAUGGUCCAUAAAAGUUUUUGGCCUUUUUCAAAUUGUAUCAUUUUAUCAAGUCACUAUUUAUAGCCUUGUUGGUUCCAAAGUGGGAGGUGAGAUCUUAAGAAUUUGAUAUGGGAAACUAGAUAGUUAAACUUAUGUACUGUAUAAUGUUAUAAUAAAAACU